AUGAACAGCAACAUGAACAUCAUGCUCCUCAUCAGCUUGUUCUUCGCCACCGUCAUGGGUCUUCCCCAUGUCGGCAUGCUCGAUACUCCAGAUGUCCGCGAUGUUGGUCUCAUCUUCGACGACCUCAACUACACCGGUAACUCCACAUUCAUCAUCGAGGUAAAGAAUAAUCCCACGUGCCUUCCGAUCAACGUGGAUGCGAACUCUCAUGCGCAAGGCCUGCGUAUCAAGUCCAUUCAGAUCUGCAAGCCUACGACAUGCGCUUUCUUCACUGGUGAGAAGUGCACCAGCGCGUCCACCGGCGUUUUCUCCGUCGCGUGUACUGGCCCUGGUGACGUGCCCAACCACAACCUCGACAUGCUGUUCAAGUCAUACAUCUGCGGCCAGAACAUAUCUAGGCGUGUGGCUCUGGAGCGUGUGGCCACACUCGAGACCGUGCCUCAUGAUCCCAACGCUGGUAUGGUUUAG